GAGGGGGAGAGCGCAUGUCUCAUCUGGCUGUGUAGCCACUAGACUCUGCUGCCACCACCAGCACCAGCAGCAACAGCAGCACCUCCACCAUCUUGCAUGUGCACCAUUUGCAGCCGGACAGAACCUCUCCCUGGGCAAGGGAGACUGCGGGAAAUUUUCUCGGUAUGGGCUGGUGCUGAAACCGGGACCAUAGCCUCUUUCUUUUCGUCAAGCAGCGCUAGGAUCAGCCUCCAUGCCUCUAAACAACGUUUGAUAACAAAAGAACGAGAAACAAGAUGAGGGUUACUGGCAAACAGAUUGUCUUGCUAUUUUCUGGGUUUUGGGGACUAGCAAUUGGAGCGUUCCCCGGCAGCGUGCAGAUAGGGGGUCUUUUCAUCAGAAAUACAGACCAGGAAUACACUGCAUUUCGAUUAGCGAUUUUUCUGCACAACACCAGUCCCAAUGUGUCCGAAGCACCUUUUACUUUGGUACCUCAUGUGGACAACAUUGAAACCGCGAACAGCUUCGCUGUAACGAAUGCCUUUUGUUCACAAUAUUCCAGAGGAGUUUUUGCUAUUUUUGGACUGUAUGACAAGCGAUCUGUAUAUACACUGACCUCAUUCUGCAGUGCACUGCACAUCUCCCUCAUCACCCCAAGUUUUCCCACUGAAGGGGAAACCCAGUUUGUGCUUCAGCUCAGACCCUCUUUACGAGGAGCACUGAUAAGUUUGUUGGACCAUUAUGAAUGGAACCGCUUUGUCUUCCUAUAUGACACAGACAGAGGAUACUCCAUACUUCAAGCAGUUAUGGAAAAAGCAGGACAAAAUGGCUGGCAAGUGAGUGCCAUAUGUGUGGAGAAUUUCAAUGAUGCUAGCUACAGACGUCUUUUAGAAGAUCUGGAUCGCAGACAAGAAAAGAAAUUUGUUAUAGACUGUGAAGUGGAGAGACUUCAGAAUAUCUUGGAACAGAUCGUGAGCGUAGGAAAACAUGUUAAAGGCUACCAUUACAUCAUUGCAAAUUUGGGCUUCAAAGAUAUUUCUUUGGAGAGAUUUAUGCAUGGAGGAGCUAAUGUAACAGGAUUCCAGUUAGUGGAUUUUAAUACCCCAAUGGUUAGUAAACUAAUGCAGCGCUGGAAAAAACUGGACCAAAGAGAGUACCCUGGAUCUGAAAGUCCUCCAAAGUAUACUUCGGCAUUAACAUACGAUGGCGUGCUUGUUAUGGCCGAAGCUUUUCGUAACCUGAGACGGCAGAAGAUAGAUAUCACACGGAAGGGUAAUGCUGGCGACUGUCUUGCAAAUCCUGCUGCACCGUGGGGUCAAGGAAUAGAUAUGGAAAGAACACUUAAGCAGGUUCGAAUACAAGGACUAACAGGAAAUGUCCAGUUUGACCACUAUGGUCGCCGUGUGAACUAUACCAUGGAUGUCUACGAACUGAAAAGCACAGGUCCCAGAAAGAUUGGCUAUUGGAAUGACAUUGAUAAAUUAGUGCUAAUCCAAAAUGAGCUAUUCCACGGAAAUGAUACAUCUGGAAUGCAGAACAGAACUGUGAUAGUAACUACAAUUAUGGAAGCCCCGUAUGUCAUGUACAAGAAAAAUCACGAGCAGUUUGAAGGGAAUGACAAGUACGAAGGUUACUGUGUAGAUCUGGCAGCAGAGAUCGCAAAUCACAUUGGCAUCAAAUACAAGAUUGCCAUUGUUCCUGAUGGGAAGUACGGAGCAAGGGACUCUGAAACAAAAAUCUGGAAUGGGAUGGUUGGAGAGCUUGUUUAUGGGAAAGCCGAGAUUGCUGUAGCACCACUGACGAUUACAUUAGUUCGCGAGGAGGUUAUUGAUUUUUCAAAGCCGUUCAUGAGCCUGGGCAUUUCAAUAAUGAUCAAGAAGCCACAGAAGUCAAAGCCUGGAGUAUUUUCCUUCCUUGAUCCCCUUGCAUAUGAGAUAUGGAUGUGCAUUGUCUUUGCUUACAUUGGCGUCAGUGUGGUCCUGUUCCUGGUUAGUAGGUUCAGUCCCUACGAGUGGCAUACAGAAGAACCUGAAGAUGGCAAAGAUGGCCCACCAAGCGACCAACCUCCAAAUGAAUUUGGCAUAUUUAAUAGCCUAUGGUUCUCCUUAGGUGCCUUUAUGCAGCAAGGAUGUGAUAUCUCACCAAGAUCACUAUCAGGUCGGAUUGUAGGAGGCGUCUGGUGGUUCUUCACGCUCAUCAUCAUCUCAUCCUAUACUGCUAACCUCGCUGCCUUCUUGACUGUUGAACGAAUGGUCUCACCAAUUGAAAGUGCUGAAGAUCUUGCAAAACAAACUGAAAUUGCCUAUGGAACCCUUGACUCAGGAUCAACCAAAGAAUUCUUUAAAAGAUCAAAAAUUGCAGUAUAUGAAAAAAUGUGGACAUAUAUGAGAUCUGCAGAACCUUCUGUUUUCACCAAGACUACAGCUGAAGGAGUAGCCCGUGUUCGCAAAUCCAAGGGGAAAUUUGCUUUUCUUCUAGAGUCAACCAUGAAUGAGUACAUCGAACAAAGGAAGCCUUGUGACACCAUGAAAGUGGGAGGAAACCUGGAUUCAAAAGGCUACGGCGUUGCAACACCCAAGGGUUCACAAUUAAGAAAUGCUGUUAACCUCGCAGUUUUAAAACUGAAUGAACAAGGCCUCUUGGACAAAUUGAAAAACAAAUGGUGGUACGACAAAGGAGAAUGUGGCAGCGGGGGAGGUGACUCCAAGGACAAGACGAGUGCCCUGAGUCUCAGUAACGUCGCUGGUGUCUUCUACAUUCUGGUUGGCGGCCUUGGCUUGGCUAUGCUGGUGGCUUUGAUAGAGUUCUGUUACAAAUCCAGGGCAGAGGCGAAAAGAAUGAAGGUGGAGAAGAGUGCACAGAAUUUUAAUCCAACUUCCUCGCAGAAUACCCAGAAUUUAGCAACAUAUAGAGAAGCUGACCUUUUCCGAAGCCAUGAGAAACAAAGCCAGAUUAUCCAUAACAGGGAGUGUUGGAGAAAAUGGGAGAGUCCUAACUCCCGACUGCCCGAAGGCUGUGCACACUGGAACCAUUAUUAGACAAACUUCAGGAUCAGCUGUAAUUGCAACGGACCUACCAUAAAAACCAAAAAACAUAACUGAGUGCCUUAAUUAAAAAAUGACAUUGGUGACUGAUGGAGAUACACAGCACAUACUGUGAUGACAUCUUUGGUAGGGUCCAGGGGGAAGAACUGACUAAUCUACCUUGGGAGAAGGAGACUUGAAAGCAGCAGGCAUCAGCAGUAGCAAGAAUGCGUGCAUGAGCUCCACUCCGAAGCCCUAACUCAGAUUUUAUAUCAGGAAGCUUCUACUACUGGUUAUGUGGGUGGGGGAGGGGUGCACAAAUUCAACAAGGGUACUUCAGCUAGUAAUGAGUAUUACUUUGCCAAUUUUGCGCAUUAAACUGUGAUGAACAAUGCUCACUAAAGACAAUACUUGGCUUACAUCAUGUCAAGCUAAAUAUGGAAUUAGAGCUGAUGAACAUGGUACUGUAAACCUGUGUCUCAAGAUAUUCAUAAAUGGGAAAAUAUAUAUCCCAUUAUGCUGGGAAUAUUCCUAAACUGUGAUGAGGAAAUCGUAAAUAUGUAAAUCCUGUGCAGAGAUAAAUAUACAAGAAAUUAUUUACAUUUCUCUAACAAGAAAGGAAACUGAAACAUGCUUGCUUUUUAACUGAUGUAAAUAAUUCAGUAGCAGAUAACCCAGUUAUGUUUUCUAACCAUCUUAGGGAACGAUUCAUUGCAAUAAUGGAUUAAAACAAUGCCAUCACUGUAAUAAAAAAUGGAGACUUUUUUAUAAAGAAUGGUUGGCCAUCAUGUGGUUUACUGUUUUACCGCUCUGUUGCAUCCAUUCAGUGUUCUACACAUUGCAUCUGUCUAACCACAAAGUAAAAAGAAAUAAACAGAAAAAGUAGUUGGAAUACAGCACCAGUCUGCAACGUAGAGUCCAAACUGAGUACGGGUCAAUCAUGUUACAACUAUUAUUUAUAAUCUCAUUAUAUGUAAUAAACUGUGGUUUUUGUACCCACCGAGAAGAAAUAAAGCAGAGAUUCUUAUAUAA